UAUGGGAAGAAGUGGAUGAAUUUGUGUGCCUGUGUAUGAUGUGUAUAUGUGUAUUUGUCUGGUAGUUUGGUUUGUACAUUGCAACUGAUUCCACACUGUGAAUACUUAAUCCCAAACUUUUAUCCCAAGUUUGGCGAAUCUAGAAGCAAACUUUCUGGCUUUAAUUAGCUAAGGUGUUUUAUAAAUCUGUUGAGUCGAUUUUAUUUGCUAAACAUGUUUGUGAUAUUUCCUCCGGUACAAUAGAGUGAUUGCUUAUAGUAAUGCAAUACUAGAAAAUAUCACCAUUAGGCAGUGGUUCGAUGAUAGAGGAAUAUUUCAAGUCUAUCCAGGUAGAAGAUAUUCCAGAAUUAAUUAUAUGUGCUAGUUGCUUUCAAUUAAAACUAAUAAAAUAAAAAUAAUAACCAGCUUAGCAAAAGGUUAUAUAGUUCAAAUGGCUUAGAUUUUUUAAUAUUUUAGUAUUUGUUAAGAGAAAAUAGAUAUGCAAAGAGUGAUUUUCUUUAUUUCAGUGUGAUCAUAACUACAUCUGUGCACACUGAUUUUCAGCAUAAGACUGGCUGGUGAUUUUCUUGGUACUUGAGAGCAACUUACGAUUUUCACAAACUUUUCUAAAAUUACCAUCUUAGCCUUGAAAGAAGAGACUAUUAUUACAAUGUCAAGGUUGUAAAUCAGGUUUGAUAUUGGAUGUCUACAUUUACUGUCACCUUGGGGUUCAGUUUAGUAACCCCCCAAGCUUAGAGGUAACACUUGAGAUCGCUGAGCGCCCUGUGUUCCCGAGGGAGCAGAUCUAGAGGGCCGAGGAGGAAGAGUUCCAUUGGGUUUAGAAUCCCCUCCUGGCCAGUCCAGAGAAGCCUCUCUAAAAGGACAGUUCAGAGGCAGCCCAGGAGUUCAGUCCUAGAGUCUUGAACUCAUCCUAGCCCUCAUAGGAAAUCCAGACUUGCCCUGGGGUAGAGGGCAGGAUGCAGUGCAAGUAUUUGAAUCCUUCCAGACCAGUGCGUGGAAGUUCCUCAUUUGGCAAUGAGAAUCUGCAACAGGGAACUAUAAUUUCAGGUUCCUGUUAUGACAUAACACAGAUGCCUGAACAAGAGGGGCAGCCUUUAAAUUAAAGAUACUCAACCAGUCCAACACUCAUAGGUGCCCCAGUUAGAAGGCACUCUAGGAUUGCCUAGUUCAGCCUCCUUAGGACAGUCAUUCAUUUAGUCAACAGGUAAUGCCUGCUGUGUGCCAAGCGCUGUUCUAGGCUUUGGGGAAACAGUAGUGAAACAGUCAUAGAAGAGAGAAAAGCCCAAAGAGGAUCUUUGAUUUUUCCAAUGUCACAGAACUAUAAAAGCUAAAAAUCGCUAAUCUCACAACAAAAGACCACAUUUUUUUCCUAAAGGCACAUGUUUUGUGUUGUUGCUAGUUAUAGUGUCUUCAAGUCUAUUCUGGUAUCUUCUCAUACAUCUUUCAGAGGGCAUUCUGUCACUUUUAAUCACAUCAAUAUGAACAGCAACUUUCGUGUAUUUUCCAUGAAGAACUACAUGGGAGGUUCUGAAGUUAUGUUCCACUAGAGUUAGAUUGAUGGCGUUUUGUGAAUUGAUCAGGAAGCAGGCUUACUUUAGCCCGCUUCUCUAGUGUGGCUUGUUCCCUAUAAUUCUAUGAGAAAGGAACAUCUUUAUUAAAUGGAUUCGUAAGAUAUUGUCAAAAGGUAGGUGAUGGGCCUGCAGUGUGGAAUCGUUUAACUAGGACGGGCAGUCUGGUGGCAGAAAAGACUGUCCUGCGUGUGGUCCUAGCGCUGCAGUAGCCAUGGGAUCUCGGGAUUAACCUCCAUUUCAGCUAAUCAUGGGAGAGAUUAAAGUCUCUCCUGAUUAUAACUGGUUUAGAAGCACAGUUCCCCUUAAAAAGAUUAUCGUGGAUGAUGACGACAGUAAGAUAUGGUCCCUCUAUGAUGCAGGCCCCAGAAAUAUCAGGUGUCCUCUCAUAUUUUUACCCCCUGUCAGCGGGACCGCCGAUGUAUUUUUCCGGCAGAUUUUGGCCUUGACUGGAUGGGGUUACCGGGUUAUAGCUUUGCAGUAUCCAGUUUACUGGGACCAUCUUGAAUUCUGUGAUGGAUUCAGAAAACUUUUAGACCAUUUACAGUUGGAUAAAGUUCAUCUUUUUGGGGCUUCUUUGGGAGGCUUUUUGGCCCAGAAAUUUGCUGAAUAUACUCACAAAUCUCCCAGAGUCCAUUCCCUCAUCCUCUGCAAUUCCUUCAGUGACACCUCUAUCUUUAACCAGACUUGGACUGCAAACAGCUUUUGGCUGAUGCCAUCAUUUAUGCUCAAAAAAAUAGUUCUUGGCAACUUUUCGUCUGGCCCAGUGGACCCUGUGAUGGCUGAUGCCAUUGAUUUCAUGGUGGACAGGCUGGAAAGUUUGGGGCAGAGUGAACUGGCUUCAAGACUUACCCUGAAUUGUCAAAAUUCCUACGUGGAACCUCAUAAAAUUCGGGACAUCCCUGUAACCAUUAUGGAUGUGUUUGACCAGAGUGCACUUUCAACCGAAGCUAAAGAAGAAAUGUACAAACUGUAUCCUAAUGCCCGGAGGGCUCACCUUAAAACAGGAGGCAAUUUCCCAUACCUGUGCAGAAGUGCGGAGGUGAAUCUUUAUGUACAGAUACAUUUGCUACAAUUCCAUGGAACCAAAUAUGCGGCCAUUGACCCAUCAAUGGUCAGUGCCGAGGAACUCGAGGUGCAGAAAGGCAACCUCAGCAUCAGUCAGGAGGAGCAAUAGCUGCGGCUGUGGCUGUUCGCGACGAGUGAUCCGGCGCGUCCUUGUACAAUCAGUGACGUCAGCGCCCUCCAGGCGGCCUCUGUUGGGUUUGUCAGCUUCACCGGUGAUCACUGUGUUUGGAAGCAGGACUGAUUGUCAUCUUCAUGGCAGGCGGCAGCUCUUCUAAGCCAGUGUAACUGUUCCCUCUUCGGUUUUUUUAGCUUUUGAAUUUGAAGAAGUACUUUUGAAGACUCCCAUUUUAAGAAUUGUGAAAAUUUUGCUACCAACUGUCUUCCCCACUGAGUUCUUCAGUCAAUGUUAAUUUCUGAAGUUGGGGGUUUUGUGGGGUUUUUUCCGUUUCUUUCCUCUCUUCCUUUCUUUCUUUUUAUGUUAUUUGCUGCAAAUGCAGCACAUCCAGAUUGUGUGUCAGAGGACGUUGGUUAUUUUUACGCUUUCUGGGUUAUAACCGUUAUCCGAGUGCCAAGGCUGUCACCCCCAUUUGCUCUCCUGCAAAUCAACUACUUCUAAUUUCCAGUUAAGCAAAUUGUUUUCAGUUUUAGCUGUUGUCUUUCUAGCCAUUACAGUCAUUUGGAAUAAAAAUUCAAUUUCAGUGA